AUUUAACUGUAACCGACGACAAGGAGUUGACUGCACCGCUCAGCCGGGGCACCCUGGUGUAAAAAAACUCGGCGACAUUAGGGUCAGUUAUAAUCAGAGCAGAGGAAUUUUGGUAAAAGCAAGACGCAGAGCCUUCACGGUUUACCGCUUGCGUUUACCGGUUACAGACUUUAAAGUCCAUGAUAGCGCAUACACGUAGUUGUAAUUCACACAGCAGCGGGACACCCUGGAAGAGACGGAGAAACCACAGGAGGAUGCCGAGCAACAAGGACUCGAUGUAAACAUUAUUACGGCAAGAUGUGAGAUGAACCGGGAGAAAACGGCAACCGAGGCCAACGACAACAUGUUGGUCCGGGCAUCGCAAGGCCGAGGCCGGGCCAAAGUGACUCAUGCGGUGGUGGUGAUCUUCCUGGAGUUCUUCGCCUGGGGGCUGCUGACCACACCCAUGCUGACCGUCCUCCGUGAGACGUUUCCUCAGCACACCUUCCUCAUGAACGGCCUGGUUCACGGUGUGAAGGGCUUCCUGUCGUUCCUGUCGGCUCCUCUGAUUGGUGCACUGUCGGACAUCUGGGGCAGGAAGUCCUUCCUCCUCAUGACAGUCUUCUUCACCUGUGCCCCCAUCCCCUUCAUGAGGAUCAGCCCCUGGUGGUAUUUCGCUCUGAUAUCAGUCUCGGGGAUCUUCGCAGUGACAUUCUCAGUGAUCUUCGCCUACGUAGCCGACAUCACCGAGGAGCACGAGAGAAGCACGGCUUACGGACUGGUCUCUGCAACCUUCGCGGCCAGUUUAGUGACGAGCCCAGCCAUCGGGGCCUACCUGUCGGCGCAGUACGGGGACAGCCUGGUGGUGCUGCUGGCCACGGUGAUAGCUGUGCUGGACAUCGCCUUUGUGUUCUUCGUGGUCCCCGAGUCGCUGCCAGACAAGAUGAGGCUGACGUCCUGGGGCUUCCCCAUCUCCUGGGAGCAGGCCGACCCGUUUGCUUCCCUGCGUCGUGUGGGGAAAGACAGCACGGUGCUGCUGAUCUGCGUCACAGUGUUCCUGUCCUACCUGCCCGAGGCUGGCCAGUACUCCAGCUUCUUCCUCUACCUGAAACAGGUGAUUGAGUUUUCUCCUGCAGCAAUCGCUGCCUUCAUCGCCAUGGUGGGGAUCCUCUCUAUAGUCGCUCAGACUCUCUUCCUUAGUGUUUUGAUGAGGACCAUUGGUAAUAAGAACACAGUUCUCCUGGGUCUGGGCUUCCAGCUCUUCCAGCUGGCCUGGUACGGCUUCGGCUCCGAGCCAUGGAUGAUGUGGGCAGCAGGAACAGUAGCAGCCAUGUCCUCCAUCACCUUCCCAGCAGUCUCUGCUCUGGUGUCACACUGCGCAGCACCUGACCAGCAAGGUGUGGCCCAGGGGAUGAUCACAGGUAUCAGAGGUCUAUGUAACGGCUUAGGACCGGCUCUCUACGGCUUCAUCUUCUUCCUAUUCAACGUGGAGCUGAAUGACGUCCCGCACGUGGCAGGAAGACCCCCACAGCACAAAGAGAAGGCCAUGAUCCCCGGUCCUCCCUUCCUGUUCGGAGCGUGCGCCGUGUUUUUUGCUCUCAUUGUUGCCUUCUUCAUCCCAGAUGACCACCGACUGGUCGACGGCAAGACCUGCUCCACCCGCAAAUCCAGCAGCGCCUCCACCGCACACGCUCAGAGUGCUAGCCCUCUGGCCACGCCCACCAGUGACGCAGAGGACAUCGAGCCGCUCCUACAGGACAGCAGCAUGUGACUGACAAGCAGUCCAGCCAAUCACGGUGCAGCGGCCUUGAGCACAGUCUGCUAGACCUGCCCUCCCCUUCAGAAUAAACUUUUUUAUUUUUUUUAUUUUUUCAGAUACAGACUGUCCCGUCAAGGAACGUUAGGCGGCAAUCACACUGACAAGUUUAAUUUCUUUACAUGAUGCAUGGUAUUUAUUUCCUUAUGUUUAUGUUGCGCUAAUUGAUUUUAAUUAUAUUCAGAUUGGUCUAAAAUGUAGCUUCAACAUUUGAAAUCUCAACGGACUGGUUGUUUUAGUCUGCUACUUCCAGUUCUAUUUUCUUUUUGAUGAAAACAAAAACAGAAUUCAUUACAUUUAGCCUGUAUGUUCGAUUGGGCGACAGUACAUGAGUCCGAGAAAGAUGACAAUGUUGGUCAAGAUCAAAUUAUUAUUAUGAAUUUGAAUCACUCAAACACCAGGACUAUAGCUUGUCCUUCCAUGUCAGUGAACUAGUUUUGGAUCCUUAGACUUUAACCUCCAUCCGGUAGAGAUGCGUGAUGGAGGUAGUCAUGGGAACAGAUGUAACCUUGGAUAUAGUUUGCUGAAGUGUAACGUACCAUGCAUAUCACUCACAUUUUUAAAGCCUUCAGUCUGGUUGCCGCCUAAUAUCUCACUUUAAGAGUCAUAUUGCCUCUGUGUGCAUCUGCACCUAGCUCCACCCGUCAGGUCUGCAGAGGUCAGCAGAUCAAACACCCCUCACAUGCAAUGAGGGACAACAAGAAGCUACCGACUGUUUAACUUGAAACUUCAUCACGACGGGAGAUAAGGCGGAUCUGCUGGGCAUUGUGGGAUAUGACACGGGAGAUGGUGUUAUAUCAGUGGAUAAACAGUUACCAAGACAACGGACUGUCGACCACACUGAGCAUGUGCAAGAUCCGAACAGCUGUGACAUCAUCCUCUACUGCUGUUGGUUUUCAUAUUGAGGAAGAACUAGGAAAAUGAGACGACGGUUGAUUUUAGGCGCGCUUGUACGGAGCUGGGGAGGUGUCAUAGAGGGAGGGGGUGGCUUUCUGAGAACCAUUUAUUGAUUUAUGCUCUGAAUGUAAUGUUAUUUUGCCUCCUCCUCUCUUGGGAUGAUAGGAAUGAGUCUCUCUAGCACAUUUCUCUGGAACCUGAUGUAUUUGCUGCCCCUGUGGUAGCUAAAACCUGAAGCCCAUUAGGAAAGCAUAUCAUUAAGGAAACGCUUCCUCGCAUGCUUUUCUGAACGCUGAUGCCCCACCACAUGCAGCUGGUUUCCUUUUUAUUCUUUGCGCCCUUGCUGCUCAGACAGCCUCUAUCCACCCCUGCUGUUAAAUCAAUUGAAUCUCAAAGACAAAACAACGUUGUGUUUAACAGAACAAAUAUGGAGUAUAUCAGUAGAGUCUCAGAUCCGUUAUAGUCUGUCUAGUGAGAAACUUGUAUUAAAUCCAGAGCAUAAAUGAGUAAAUCCAGAUGUUCCCUCCAUCACACCCCCCGGCUCAGUGCGCUUCAUUCAUCUCACCAGAUCACGUUUUAUUAUCGGGUCUAUCGCCCUCUCCUCGUCUGUUCUUCUGGUGUUUAAAUACUUGAAGUGUGUUACGCCUGUCAGUUAUUUCCAGGCUCUGAAACUGCCCCUCAAGGUAGGACGAAUCAAGCGCUCCAGCGAGGAACUGAUGUUCUUUGUCUGACUUUGACCUGUGCAGCUAACACUCUGUUUUCCUCGUCUGUAGUCAGAUUUUUAAACAACGAAAAAGUCCCGACUCCAGCCUGGGGGUUGUUGACCAAAUUGUGCCAUUUAUUUUCUUGUUGAGUUUUCUGUUUCUAUUCUUUUGUCACUUUGUUCUGAUGUUUUUAAGAAAUGUCUUUCCCAAAAAGAACACCCUCUCUUAGAAUCACAGAGAACAAACGGCCAAUAGUGUCCCUCUCUGGUUAGAUGUGAUCUAAAAGACCCCCCCCCCCCCCCCAUAACUUUCACACCAGUGCAUGCUGGGACAGUCACCAUGUCCAUUGAUGGAUGUGAUGUUUAAAGGACUACAUCGAUGUCUUGUAACCUGUUACUUUAUCUUUUUGCACACCCGUCUUCAUUAAAUCACCUUGUUUGACGUCACAUGGUCGGCCUGUAGAGAGAGCAGACUCAAAUAUUUCCUGUUAUUAUAAAUUGGUUAAAUAUAUGUGUGCUUCUA